AAUUCCAAAAUUUCCAGUUUCCCUCUCUCUCUCUUUCGGUUCUCCGAUCACUGUAGCAUUCGCUUCUUCGUCUUCAUCCAUGGAGAAGCUGAGAAAUUCAGUGAUCGAGAUCGCCUACAACAGGGACCACGCUAAGCUCUCUUCUCUGCAACGCUCUCUCAUCCCCUUCCUCUACUCGGCGUCUUCUCUCUACAAGCUCGGUCUGUGCCUCCGCCGUCAUCUCUUCCUCUACGCCAUAUUUCGCAAGCAUCGGUUGCCAGUGCCGGUUAUUAGUGUUGGGAAUUUGACUUGGGGAGGCAAUGGGAAAACACCAAUGGUCGAGUUCAUUGCCUUAUGGCUUGCUGGCUCUGGGAUUUCACCUCUAAUUCUUAAUAGGGGAUAUGCUGGUGGGGAUGAAGCUAAAAUGCUUAGGAGGCAUCUUGCUGGGAGUCCUGUUAAAGUAGGUAUUGGAGCAGAUAGGAGAGCCACUGCUGCUUGGUAUUUUAACAAAUAUGGUUAUGUUGGAUCUCAAAGUAGUAUAUCAGCUGAUAAUCAUCGUUCAGAACAAGUGCGAAAUCAGCUUACUAAAUCAGAAAAAAUUGGUGCUGUUAUUCUUGAUGAUGGAAUGCAGCACUGGAGUUUGCACCAUGACUUGGAGGUCGUUAUGUUCAACGGGAUAACACUGUGGGGAAAUGGCCAAUUAUUACCCCUUGGACCUUUAAGAGAACCAUUGGCUGCAAUCAAAAGGGCAGAUGUUGCCAUAAUUCAUCAUGCUAAUCUGGUUUCAGCACAAAAUAUUGAAGAUAUUAUGGUAACAUUGCGGCAAAUUAAGGAUUCACUUACCAUUGUGUUUACUGAAAUGGCUCCCUCAUUUUUCUUUGAAGUUACAAAUAUAAACUACCGAAUAUCUUUGGGAGCAUUGUCUGACAGUGUGGUAUUAUGUGUUUCUGCCAUUGGCUCUGCCGAUGCUUUUGUUCAGACAAUGCAAAAGAUAGGAACAUAUCAUGUUGAUCGACUCGACUUCAGUGACCAUCACACAUACCAAGAUAGGGAUAUUGCACUGAUCAAACUAAAGCUUAAGGAAUUGGAGAAGAAGUUUGCUUACAAACCAAAACCAGUCGUUGUUGUGACGGAAAAGGACUAUGAUCGGGAUCCGACAGUAUUCAAGUGCUUGCAUCCAUACCACGUUUUCGCCCUCCGUUCUCGAUUGCAAAUAAUGCAGGAAAAAGACUGCAAUGAGGAUAGCUUCAAGAAGUUGUUGGAGAAGACAGUAAAAGUAAAAUUGUUAUGUGAUGAAGUAUACUGAAGCUCAAACUCUGCAGUUGAGGUUAUAUCUUAGACCAUCUGCAAGUUUCUGUUCAUCUUAGAUGUUAGAAUAUGUUAACAAGAUCAUGUGCAGUUUUCUUUUAUUUUUCCUUUUAACAUUUUCCAUAUGAUUUCAAUUAAGGAUCUUAGUUUGUGAGCCCCAAAUUUGACUGGAAUUUUUGUAGAACAGUUGGGUGAGGUGUAGAAUUAAGAGGCGUUCCACUUUUUUUCUUCUUA